AUGCCUGUCAAAAACCCUUAUGCCGCCGUCCCAAGCCUUCUCGUCCGGCCAGGACUGAAGACUCGUCGAUCACGAGCACCAGAUAAGAUCCUGUCAGAGGAUCAGAUAAUGGAGUGGAAGGAUCUUGCCAUGCUUAUACGAGCAGAUUCUACUGCCGCCUUUGGGUCUCCGCCCCCUGUCGAUUUCACCGCGGCAGUAGUGGAAGAGAAGUAUGUAGUUGCUACGAAAGCCGGUGUUGCUGCCCGGGUCAAUGCCCAGAUAUUAGACCCUUUAUGCCGACUAUUCGAAGCCAACAAGUGCACACUCCGAUUCGCUGAUCGCGCAACGGGGCAAGACGCAAUCAAGGGAUUUGAGCCCGACUGCACAUUACAGAUCACGGCCGAGGAUGGUAAAUGCAAGGCACCAGGGGAGUUCAAAACCCCCUGGUCUACGGACCUUUUUAUUCCCGAUCCGGAUGACAAGCGCAGAUUUCUUGGAGUGUACAUCUGGUUACUUGGCUACCCACCCCAAUCAAUGUGCCACUCAACCUGCGACGCCGACAACUCCCCCCGCCAGAAGUGGUUCGAGAUUGCCACCCAGGUCCUGUACGCUCACAACUACCUCCCGGGCCUCAUGGCUGCAAUCUGUAGAUCUUUGGACAUGUACCUGUGGGGUCGCUGGCGACUGGGCGGCUCGCUCCGCACGCGCCAGAGAGCGUUCGCCACUCUCGCCUGGAUCCAUGAUUGCUGGUUCAGGCUCGAUGACCAAGCCUCCUCCAUUGCCAGCGACUUGGUGGAUGUAGAUGAGGAGAAGCAGCAGCAGCAGCAGGUCGAGAAGGAAAGAGAAGCACUGGUACCAAGGGCACCACCGACCCCGAUGUAUAAGCUGGAUCUGGUGGUCUGGAGCUAUAUUCUCGGUUCCGUCUUGAAUGUGGGCCUCGCGGUCUGCAUGUGGGAGCUGAAUCGAUCGACCGACCCUACUGGCUCCCAGGCUAUUUGGCAUUUCUUGCGGGCGUCGUGA